GCGCUUAUCGGAAACCUGACAAGUAUGUCAUGAUACUGGAAUGUGUUAUUUUGCUGGAGGGGAAUAUUUGAUUCUGUGAGACAGCAAACGCUCAGAAACACCCUGUCAGAAACAGCUAAACCUACCUACGUUAUUCGCAUCGUCAGGCAAGUCCAUAUGCAGUCGUGUGGAGACGUUUGCAUUUAGCUGUCGUGAGCCGUGACAUUCCCAAUGGCAAUGAAAAGAUCCUGCUCCUCCUGGACACUGACUGUCACCAUAUUGAGGGCAGAAAACAUUCGCUCAACAGACUUUUAUUCUGAGAAUGAUUGCUAUGUUACCCUGACUUUUCCACCUGCAAUUGUUUUUAAGACAAGUACUGUGAGCAACAGCAAAAACCCAGAGUGGAACCAACCUUUUGAUUUCAAGAUCUACAGUCAUCUCCAGACUACUCUGCAGAUACAUCUGUAUGAUGAGGACCCAAUUUAUGACGAGGUGAUUCAAAAAAUCAUGUUUGAUAUCAGCACUCUGAAAGUGGGGGAAAAGGAAAUCAAGGAAUUUGCCAUUCAACACAAGGGUAAACUUUGGAUCGCCUUUGAGCUGCGGGAGAGUAGUAUGGAAGCUGUCAGUCCCCACAAAGAGAAUCAGUUGGGGAAGGAAGUGGUUUCUUACUGGAAAUUAAACAUUACCGUACUAAAAGCCAAAACCCAUUAUUCCGCCGAUUACAUUUCAGAGCCAGAUUAUUACGUCACUCUUUAUCUUCCCACGGCAACUGCAAGUGCAUUCAGCACAAGAACAGUGCAUAAUAACAUCAAUCCGGAAUGGAAUGAAACAUUCACUUUCAGGGUCCCCUCCCAUCUGAAAAAUGUUUUAGAGAUCAAGCUGUAUGAUGAGGACCUUUCACAAGAUGACCUCAUUUCAACCAUUCUUUUUGACCUCAGCACUCUCACACUUGGAAAGAAAGACACAAUGACAUUCGUCUUAAAUCUGGAGACACUGGACCACAUCUUAAUGCAAUUUGAGAUGCUCCACAGUGAGGAACCCUCUUGUGAAUAUCUCAGUAAUGGAAUCCUCCUGGCUGCACCAUUCUCUUCUUUGGACAUCAAUAUCGACAAGCCACUAAACAAAUCUGAUUUUCGGGAUAAAGUGAUGAAACUUCGGGGCGCCCGUCCUGAAAGUCAGGCUUUACUGGCAAAGGAAAGCACCAAGCUACGUUUCUUCAUCAACAGAGACUUGGAGACUGAAAUUGGCAUUUCAUCCUCUGCUGAUGAUAUCAAAUUAAGUUCUACAAGGCUUCAGCCACUACCACCUGAACACAGAAGCAAAGUUUCUCUUGUCAUUGAUCAGGACACAGUGGAUUUGAAUGUUGAGACCCAUGAAUGCAUCGAUGACGGCGUUGCAAUUCGGCUUGAUUUUGACAUUCCACAACAAGAGAAAGAAUAUUUGAAGAAGAGAAAGCUCAUUGUUGGGCAGAAAAUACAAAAGCUCUUUGGCCUGGACUCGCCACCAUCACCAGAUCAGGUGCCAACUAUAGCCUUGGUGGGUUCAGGGGGAGGAUCGAGAGCAAUGACAGGCCUACUUGGUAGUUUGAAGGGCCUGAAGGAAAUGCAAUUCCUGGAUGUGGUUUCUUAUAUCACUGGAGUAUCUGGAUCAACCUGGGCUAUGACUGCCUUGUCCCAAGAAGCAAAUUGGUCACAGAACAGCAUGGAUAGUACCAUCGCUGACCUAAGGAAAGAGCUAUGUAAGAGUGUCCUGAGUAUUUUCUCCGCAGAGAAAAGAGAAUAUUAUAGUGAAGAACUACAAGAAAAAAUUAAUCAAGGGCACAUUGUGUCACUUACGGAUAUGGCUGGGCUCAUUUAUGAGCAAAUUGCUUUUGGGAAGAAAAUUACCAGUACCCUCUCUGAGCAGCAGAAGACAAUAAAUGAAGGCCAAAACCCUUUGCCCAUAUACACUGGGGUCAAUAUGAAGGAGAAGGGAGGCUUUGAUUCAGAAGCUGAGUGGUGCGAGUUCACCCCCUAUGAAGUUGGCUUUCAAAAGUACGGGACUUUUGUGCGAGCUGAAGACUUUGGCAGUCAGUUCUUCCUUGGUCAUCUCAUCAAAAAACUCCCAGAAGUGCGCAUCCCAUACCUGAUUGGAAUAUGGAGCAGUUGCUUUUCGGUCAACCUGACUCAGUUAUUCAUGCUCGCCACUGGUUCGGAUGCUGAGUCUGACUCCCGACUUGGGCCAAAUAUCAAAAGCAUAGAUGCUGAUGAUGAGCCUUCAACUCUUGAUACAAAGCUCAUAGAGACAUUCACUGAUGUCUCUGGAAUCAUCAAUGAUUUCUUGAGGAAUCGUCCAAUUCGUUCUAAAGUACACAAUUUCAUGAAUGGUCUCCUUCUGCACUCAAACUACAAUGCAAAUAGCAACUUCAAAGCCUGGAAAGAAACACACAUUGAUGCCUUUCCAAACUUAUUGACACCCAGUGAUGCCAUUCUACAAUUAAUUGAUUCUGGUCAUCACAUAAAUGUUGGCUGUGUCCCUGUCCUACGUCCAGAGAGAGAAGUGGAUAUUAUUAUUUCCCUUGACUAUUCCUGGAACCCAGACAACAUCUUCAAGGAACUAAAGUUGACAGCAGAUUACUGUAAAGACCAUGACAUCCCCUUCCCCGAUGUCGAUUUUACCAGUCUGGAAGAAUUACCUCAGAGGGAGGUUUAUAUCUUUGAAGAUAUGGACAAUCCCAAGGCACCGAUUGUGAUUCACUUUCCACUUGUCAAUAUUUCAUUCAAACAGUUCAAACAACCAGGUGUGGAGCGCAAAACUAAGGCGGAAAUAAAAGCUGGAGCGGUGGACGUGUCCAGCAGCAACUCUCCCUUCACCACCAACAAUCUCACCUACUCAGAGGAGAAUUUUGACUCUCUGCUCUGUUUGACAUCUUAUAAUGUCGCUAACAACAAGGAAAGCAUCAUGCAAAUAUUGCAUAAGGUCGUGAAAGCUAAAAUGGCAUCGGAGAAAGGGAUAUAAGUCAGACACUUGUGCAAAAAUGCUAACGGUUCAAUUUUAUAAAUACUGCAUGACACAAUACUUUAAAUUCAACUGUUGAAUGAGUGUAUAAGGACAGUCCUCCUCCAAAAUGGAACCUUUUCCAUAUUCAGUACCCACGUCCAUCAAGAAACUUGACUGGUAAAUAAACAACACAAAUUUGGUGCUCCAUGAUAUUCUUUUGCGUCAGUUAACAGAUUGGCAUUGACAGGCAAUUUUAGUUAUGCAUGUUCAAUCGACCAUGACGAAAAUGACAAAUUAAAUUAUGGCCAUCGACUUUUACACAGGACUGUAGUACUGCAGAAUUUACUGAAAUAAGGAUGUGAAAGAUCUAUUUCAUAUCAGAGUUAGCCUGACAAUUACAAAGCAAACUUAAAGAUGGCGCCUGAAAUUGUCAGCCGUCUGCAAAAGCUCUUCAAGAGCUCUGCUUUCUUGGUUGUUUUUGUCUUUUGUUUUGUCAUAUGGUGUUUUUUUGUCCUUCGUGUGGACCCGUUGUGAACUGUUUUCAGCGUUGUGGCCACGACAUUCGUCGAAGAACUUUUGCUUGAUGGUUGCAUGUCUCGGCAGCACGCAUGCACCAGGAUUGAUUUUAAU